UUGAGAUACAGAUAUUCACCAAUCAAGAUUACUUGUGCUCGUUAAUUUACAUAUAGUUUUUUUUUUUUUUUGAUUAUUUUUUAUUAAAAUAUAUAUUUUUUUUCUUCACUCAAUAAUCAUCAAUUUUAUAUUAUUAAAUAUUUUUCAGUAAAAUAUAUUUAAAGUGACUGGAAAUGAAUGAAAUUCUCUUCAUCCAAUUAACAUUUAAAAACUUGAUAAAUUUUUUAGAAAAAAAUAUUCAUCUCUUAUUGUAAAUCCAGAAUAUUUUCCUAAUAUUAAUUAUUAAAUUUUUAAGGUAUGUAUUUAAUUUAUUAAUUUAAUUAAAAUACUUUAUGUUCAAAAUAUGGAUAAUGGAUUGAUAAUUAAAAAAAAAAUAUAAUUACACCAACUAAAUUAAUUAAUUGAAGGAAAAAAAAAAUUCUAGCUUUGGUAAUUUUUCUGGAUCUAUAUUAAAAAUAAGAAAUAAUUAAGUAAUUGUCUACAUAGAUUGUUAUUGAAUAAUUGUUUCAAGGUAAAAAAGCGUUAAUUGUCAUAAAGAGUAACAAAAAUUUAUUGACUGAUGUCAUGAUGAAUAAAUAAACUGAUAAAUAAAUUAUCAAAUUAUAUUUAUAAAAAUAUUUAAAAAUGGAUUUCGAAGAAGUUGAAAUGACAACAAGAUUUCAUGUUAAUCGUGUUAAUACUCUGGAUGGUAUGACGAGUUUUUUAAAAGACGAUGAAGAAGCUAAAAAAUCACAAAGACACAUGACUUAUGAGGCCCUACCACGUCUUGAUAAUUAUAGAAAUGUUAUGAGUAUUCAAGCUGCUCAUAGACCAUCCCUAGAAGAAUUACACGACUCCACAGUAUUCAAUAAGGGAACAGGAAUCAGUACAUUGCCAACUAAUUCAAGAAAAAUUAAUUCAACUGGUUUAAAAUUUGGAUGGAUCCAAGGAGUUUUGAUAAGAUGUUUAUUAAAUAUAUGGGGAGUUAUGUUGUUUCUUCGAUUAUCAUGGGUCGUUGCACAAACUGGAAUAGGACAAGCAAUAUUGUUAAUUUUAACAACAAGUACUGUCACAACAAUAACAUCAUUGUCAAUGUCAGCAAUAAGUACAAAUGGAUUGAUCAAAGGUGGUGGAACUUACUACAUGAUAUCAAGAUCACUUGGUCCAGAAUUUGGUGGAUCAAUUGGUUUAAUAUUUUCGCUAGCAAAUGCAGUUGCUUGUUCAAUGUAUGUUGUUGGAUUUUGUGAAAGUCUAUUAGAUUUAUUAAGACCAUAUGGAUAUUGCAUAAUUGAUUGUCAUGAUUGGGACACAAGAAUAAUAGGCUGUAUAACAAUCAUAAUUCUUCUUCUUAUUGUGAUGAUUGGAAUGGAGUGGGAAGCCAAGGCACAACUUGGUCUAUUAAUUAUUCUGUUAAUUGCCCUGGCUGACUUUUUUAUUGGUACUAUAAUCGGUCCAAAGAAUGACAAUGAAAGAGCCAAAGGUUUCAUUGGAUACAAUGCUAAAUUAUUUGCUGAAAAUUUUCCAUCAGAUUAUCGAAAAUUUGAAAAUAUUGAGUAUGAUUUUUUUUCAGUACUUGCAAUAUUUUUUCCAGCUGCUACUGGAAUUCUUGCUGGAGCAAAUAUAUCUGGUGAUUUAAAGGAUCCACAAUCGGCAAUACCAAAAGGUACACUUCUUGCAAUAUUGCUAACAACAAUGUCAUACAUUUUUAUGGCAUUAACAAUUGGCACAAGUGUGUUGAGACAAGCAUCUGGAAAUUUAAGUGAUUUACAAACAUAUCAAAAUACCUCACAAGUAUUAUUUAAUGAUAGUACUAAUAUUAUGAAUAAUACAAAUACCUCGAGUUAUCAAACAAUGAGUGUAGAAAAUUUAAGUAGUUUUGGUACAUUAUUUAAUUGUACUGGUAAUUGUAAAUUUGGUACUCACAAUAGUUUUCAAGUUAUUGAACUGGUAUCAUUAUUUGGACCAUUUAUUUAUGCUGGAUGUUUUGCAGCAACAUUAUCAAGUGCAUUAGCCUCACUUGUUUCAGCUCCAAAAGUAUUUCAAGCACUUUGUCAAGAUAAACUUUAUCCUGGUAUAUCAUGGUUCAGUCGACAUAAUGAGAAAGAACCAAUUAGAGGAUAUCUUUUAACUUUUGUCAUUGCAAUGGGAUUUAUUUUGAUUGGUAACCUGAACUCAAUUGCACCAUUAAUAUCAAAUUUUUUUCUGGCUGCAUAUACACUAAUAAAUUUUAGUACAUUUCAUGCAUCUUUAGCUAGACCAGUUGGUUGGCGUCCGACAUUUAAAUAUUACAACAUGUGGUUGAGUCUCGUUGGUUCAAUUUUAUGUAUUGCUGUUAUGUUUCUAAUAUCAUGGUCAACAGCAUUACUAACACUUGGUACAGUUAUGGCACUAUAUCUAAUCGUGUCAUAUAGAAAACCCGAUGUCAAUUGGGGAUCAACAACACAAGCACAAACUUAUAAUAAUGCAUUGACAUCAGUACAGUUAUUAGGCAGAGUUGAAGAACAUGUUAAAAAUUAUAGACCACAGAUAUUGGUACUAUGUGGUCCACCAAAUUCAAGACCAGCAUUGAUUGACUUUGCUCAUCAAAUUACAAAAAAUCAAAGUCUAUUAAUAUGCGGACACAUCGUAAAAAAUUCAUUACCCUACAAAACUAGGUCAGCAAUGAUUGCCAAGUAUACAACUUGGUUUAUAAACAAUAAAAUAAAAGCAUUUUAUAAUAUUGUAGAUGAAGCUAAUUUUCAAAAUGGUGCUACGUCUUUAUUACAAGUUGGUGGUAUUGGAAAGCUACGACCAAAUAUACUGAUGAUUGGAUAUAAACAAGAUUGGACAACUUGUUCUCGUAAUGAUCUCACAAUGUAUUUCAACGUGAUGCACAAAGCUUUAGAUAUGCAUGUUGCUGUUUGUAUACUUCGUUUAAGUGGUGGUCUUGACUACAGUAUGAUUGUAAACGAAAAUGAAGAUCCAGAUAAUCAAGCAACCUUUAAACAUGGAUUUUCUCAACUUAGUCAAGCAAGUAGUGCUUCAGACAUUUCCAUGCCUGGUAGUCCUCAGCUUCAACAACGAUCAAAGAUUAUUAAUGAAAUGCCAGAUGCAUCAGUUGGUAGCUCACGUGAAAAUAAACCAAGUAUUUAUUCAAUAUCAAAAGACAUGAUUUAUUCACUAACAAAAUUUAGAAGAAAAGAAAAAAAAGGUACAAUUGAUGUUUGGUGGCUUUAUGAUGAUGGUGGUCUUACACUUUUGUUGCCCUACAUCAUUGGAACACGACGUAAUUGGUCAAACUGUAAACUUCGAGUUUUUACUUUGGCAAAUAAACACUCAGAAUUGGAAUACGAACAAAGAAACAUGGCUAGUCUACUGUCUAAAUUUAGAAUUGAUUAUUCAGCCUUGAAGGUCAUACCUGAUAUAUCAACACCAGCACAGUCACGAACUAAAAAUUUUUUUGAUCUUCUUAUUGCAGAUUUUCAAACUUCAACAUCUUCUGAUAAUCAAGAUGGAACAAUUGUUACUGAUAGUGAACUACUUGCUAUGAGUGAAAAAACAAAUCGACAUUUAAGAUUGAGAGAAUUACUUAUUGAUAAUUCAAUGGAAGCAAAUCUUAUUGUUAUGACUUUACCAAUGCCACGAAAAGGAGCUGUCUCUGCUCCCUUGUAUAUGGCCUGGCUAGAAAUACUCACAAGAAAUAUGCCACCAUUUUUACUUGUCCGAGGAAAUCAAUCGUCAGUUUUGACAUUUUACUCAUGAAUCUAUCUUUUAUAUUCUUCGAGAUAAAUUACUCAAAUUUACGUUGAAUUGGAAUUAAUUAAUUAAUUAAUUAUCAGCUAAGAAAAAAAUAUACAUCCAAGCAAUAGAAAUGAAGAAAUAGAUGUGUUUUAGAAUAAUAAUUAACAUUAAUUAAUUUUUAUGGCAAUAAUAAAUUAGUAAAUUAAUCAAUUAAUAUUUACAAAUAAAAAUUUCGAAUUAUUUUUUCGAUUAUAAAUAUUUCUUAGACAAGUUUAUAAUAUCAUUUUCUAUAGUAACAUUUUUAAUAAAUCGAAAAAAAUAAAUAUUUAAAUAAUACUGUUAAUUUAAAUAAAUAUAAAAAUUAUUUAUUAAAAUUAUUCAAUAAAAUUAAGGCUAUUUAAUACUAUUUUUAAUUUAUUCUUUCAUAAUUUUAUCCUUAAAAAAUUACAACUGACUAAUUAACAAUCAAUAUAACUUGCAAAAUUUUUUUAAUAUUAUAAUUGUUUAUGUAAAAAAAAUAUAGCCUUGUUACAAUAUGUAUAUAAUAAAAUAAAUUUCCAAAACAAUCAAGAGAAAAUCGAGUCGAAUAAAUAUACACAUUGCAAGUUGAAUCAAAG